AUAUAGAUAUAGAUAUAGAAAGAGGAGCUAAGAAGAUAGGAGAGUGGAAUAGAAACCCUACAAAACAAGAGAGGAAAAAAAAAAAAAAAAAAUCAAAACUUUAUUCGAAAAGUUUGCUUUGGGAUGCCCCUAAGAUUUUCCCUCUUUGUCAAUAGAUUUGGAAGAAACCCCUAUUCAAUUCAAAGUUGUAGCUAGGUUCCCAUGCCUGUUGAUUUUGACAAUGUUUCCACAGCUUCAGGGGAAGCUAGCGUUUCUUCCUCUGGCAAUCACAUAGCACCUCCAGAACCCACUACCAAGAAAAAACGAAACCUUCCAGGAAUGCCAGAUCCAGAAGCAGAGGUGAUUGCUCUAUCUCCGAAGACCCUUUUGGCGACGAACCGAUUCGUGUGUGAAAUUUGCAACAAAGGGUUUCAGAGGGACCAGAAUCUGCAACUUCAUCGAAGGGGUCACAAUCUGCCAUGGAAGCUGAGGCAAAGGUCGAGCAAAGAGGUGAGAAAGAGGGUCUACGUUUGUCCUGAACCAACGUGCGUUCACCAUAACCCUUCAAGAGCAUUGGGUGAUCUCACUGGAAUCAAGAAGCACUUCUGCAGAAAGCACGGCGAGAAGAAGUGGAAAUGCGACAAGUGCUCCAAGAAAUACGCUGUUCAAUCAGAUUGGAAGGCUCACUCCAAGGUUUGCGGCACCAGAGAGUACAAAUGCGAUUGUGGAACUCUGUUUUCGAGGAGGGAUAGCUUCAUCACGCAUAGAGCUUUUUGCGAUGCUUUAGCAGAAGAGAGUGCAAGAUCUCAGCCUCAGACUUUUGUGAAGGCUAAUUCAGAGUCUGACUCCAAGGUUUUCACUGGUGAUUCAUCGCCGCCUGCGGCGGCUCCGGCGCCGGCAGCGGCUACUACUACUACUCAGUCAAACAGUGUCAUGUCCUCUCCUUUGCAGACACAAAACCUAGAGUUGCCAGAAAACCCCGAACAAAUCAUGGAGGAAUCACAAGCUACCACUGCUUUAAAUGGGAGCUGUAGCAGCAGCACCAACUCAACAAGCAAUAGCGGUGCUACGAGUACUACUAGCAGUAGUGUUUUUGCAAGUUUGUUUGCUUCCUCAACAGCAUCAGGGAACCUACAAUCUCAAACACCAGCAUUCACUGACCUAAUUAGGGCCAUGGGGUGUCCAGAUUCUGGUCCUUCAUCAUCGGAGGCAAUUUCUCUCUGCCUCUCCACCAAUCAUGGAUCAUCAAUUUUUGAAACAGGAGGGCAGGAGUGCCGUCAAUAUGCCCUGCCAUUACCACCACCACCGCAACCGGCUAUGUCUGCUACUGCAUUGCUGCAGAAAGCUGCUCAAAUGGGUUCAGCUGCCACAAAUGCCUCUUUGCUUCGAGGGUUUGGAAUUGUAUCAUCUUCGGCUGCAUCUUCAUCAGGCCAGCAAGAUAGCCUGCAAUGGGGUCAGGGGCAAGUAGAACCAGAUAGUGCUUCUAUUCCUGCAGGGCUUGGACUUGGGCUUCAUUGUGAUGGUGGCUCUGGAUUGAAGGAAUUGAUGUUGGGGAAUCCUUCCAUGUUUGGUCCUAAACAGACCACUCUUGAUUUUCUAGGAUUGGGUAUGGCUGCUGGUGGCACUGCUGGUGGAGGCUUAUCUGCACUCAUCACAUCUAUUGGCAGUGGUCUUGAUGUUACUGCUGCAGCUGCAUCCUUUGGUAAUGGAGAGUUCUCAGGCAAAGAUAUUGGGAGGAGCUCGUGAUAUUUUGCUCCAAGAACUGUAUUUAUCAAGGCCAAGAGUUUUGGUUGUAGAGUUACAUGUUGUCUUUUCGUACAAUCUGAAUUCUGAAAGUUGCAAUGCACAGUGCAGAUAGACUAUUAGCAAUAUGCACCGAGCAAUGCAACAGGCGAUUCAUAAAUGAGGCUAUUUUUGGAUUGUCUUGCCCCCUCUAAUGCGAGGGAUAAAGACAAUAUAUUAUAUAGAAAAAGAAAAGGUGGCAUGCACAAGUUACAAUAUGCUUGAUCCGAACGAUAGGCUGUGGUUAACUAAAGGGUGUCUGUGCAAAGGGUUUGAUAUGAUGCCUGUGUGGUUGUCGUAGGUUUAAGUGGCGCGUUUGAAUCUUUUGGCUUCUUGGGCAUCUACAGUUUCGAUCAAAUUAUGAAUACUUGCCAAUGGAUGAUUUGGUCCGUUGCUGUAGACAUAAAUCGGGAAAGUUGAUGUAGUUUUCUUCAAGUUCUGAUUUAUUGUUACGAGGUGCUUUUCCACGUUUGCAAAUUGUUUGG